AGGCAAUUGACUGAACCAUUUUCCCUAUAAAUAGCAACAGCUAGCGAAAACAAAUUCACAUCGUUCCACUGCUUCUGCUAUAAACCCAAACACAACACCCUAAUUAUAAGUCUAACCCACAACACAACUACUAUGGUGAAGGCUAUUAGAGUUCCUGAGCACGGUGGUCCUGAGGUGUUGAAAUGGGAAAAUGUUGAAGUCCCAGAUCCAAAAGAGGGAGAAAUCAGGUUGAAGCAGAAGGCAAUUGGUCUAAAUUUCUUGGAUGUGUAUAUGCGUCAAGGUCUGCACAAUACGUCUCCACCCUUGCCAUAUACCCCAGGUAUGGAAGGAGCCGGAGUUGUAACAGCGGUGGGUCCCGGAGUAACCAGCUGCAAAGUUGGAGACGUCGUGGCUUACGCUAGCUUGCAGGUGGGUGGUUAUGCCCAAGAGAGAAUACUUUCGGCAGAUCAAGCGGUGCCUGUUCCUUCUUCUGUUGAUCCCGUUGAAGCAGCUGCCGUCAUUUUUAAGGGUCUCACUGCUCAUGUCUUGAUUCAUAAAGGCUUUAAGGUUGAACGUGGACAUACGAUAUUGGUACAUGCAGCGGCAGGUGGAGUCGGAUAUUUGGUUUGUCAAUGGGCAAGUGCCAUUGGAGCCACCGUGAUCGGAACAGUGUCUACCAAGGAGAAGGCUAAGCAGGCGAAAGAAGAUGGAUGUGAGCAUGUGAUUCUUUACAAAGAUGAGGACUUUAUGGAACGUGUGAUGGAGAUAACAUCAGACAAAGGAGUGGAUGCAGUCUAUGAUUCCGUCGGGAAAGACACCUUCGAGGGAUCGUUGGCAUGCUUAAAGUUUGGUGGAUCCAUGGUGCUUUUCGGGUUGGCAUCAGGUGAACCAGAACCUGUACGUGUUUCUCAGAUUGCCUUAAAAUCACUCAACUUUACGUUUUCAUCAAUUGCGCACUACACGGAUGAAGAUCGAGAUGCGAUGCGUGUUGCUGCUGAAGAGUUGUUUGUAAAUGUUGCAAAAGGAGUGUUGAGGGUUCGUGUUAAUCACAAAUAUCCUCUAUCUUUAGCAAGCCAAGCUCAUACUGCUAUUGAGACUCGAAAAACAACGGGUUCAGUGGUGUUGAUUCCAGGCGAUGAGUGAUCUAGUGCUUUAGGUUUUUAUGUAUAUAUCCGCCCUUUGUUAUUUCUGUUGUCAUAGUUAUAUAUACUCUUUAUUGUUGAAUCCUACCACAUCAAGUUGUAUAGGAGUUAAAUAAGGUGUACUUGAAUGGACUGUAGAUGAUGAUACUAAGUGGAGUUUGAAUUAUUAUUAAAUGUUUCAAUAAAAAAAGAAUA